UCUCUUCACAAAUGGCGGCCGGCAACUUCUUUUUACCUGAAAAUUCAUAACCUUUAUUUUUUGAUCGAUCAAGUUUUCACGCCAAUAUCGAUGCAGUAUGAACGAACAAUUAUUCCCUAGCAAAUGUUGGUCUGAAAUAUAACUACCGCAAAAUGCGACUUAUUACGCCAACUGCAUUUUGCUGGUAGCUUUACUUUAUUGGCAGAUAAUUUUUAUCGACCAACAGCGCCUUACUUCUGGGAAUUAAUUUUUAUCAAGAUGAAAAUCAGUUUAACAUCACGUUUACUUUUAUUUUGCUUAAAUGUUGAUUGACUGAUAAUGACUACUGGAAAACAAUCAACGCCUAAAAAUAUAAAUUUUCAGGCGUCACCUUUAUGAGUGAAUUGCAGAAAAAGUACUUCUUAAAACAAUUUUUUUGUCCUGAAAAAGGAAAAAUAAAUAAUUAGUUCGUUUUCAUGCGACAAAUACGUUGAAUUAUAUACCACCUAUGGCUUACCUCUAACCGAACAACUUAUUUACUUACUUUCAUAUUUGACUUCCGUGGAAAACUGAAACAAAAUAUGCCUGGAGAAAAAACUAUCCUUGAUUCGCCUAAGGUGUCAAAUUUCGAUGUUUUAGCGUUUUCUAUCAGCAAAACUGCGCAUGGUGACACUGCUUUUAAAUGGUACGCAUGGUAAUACUGCUCCUAAGUCCGGCGGAAACCUGAUAGCAUUUCACCUUCACUCUCAAGUGAUCGCGACAACAAAAACAACAAAGAAAACAACAAACAAUGAAAGGAUUUGGUUUACCUCCUCGCGGUUUGCUGACGUUUUUGUACUAACCACAUGGCAUGUUUAAACAACCAUUACCAUUGCCUUUACCAUUACCGUUUCUGUCAGACGUGUUCUAUUGUAAGAACCUAUUUAAAAAACCGUCCACUUUAUAAUCAUCUUCUUGAUUAAAAAUUAUGAUGACAUUGCAUUUGCCAACCUAGACGCCCUGUGACAUCUUGUAAAUUCAGUCUAGGACGUGUUACGUCAUUUACCAAUUACGCAACUUGGUGAUAUUGGAAUUUUCCUGUUCGGUGCUAGUAUCUUGUUGGUCAGGAUGUCUGUGACUAAGAGGGGUCUAUUGGCACCGCAAAACACGUUCCUAGAAAACAUCUGCAGAAAAGCCACAUCACAAAAUAGUCACUUCAUCAUCGCAAACGGACGUAUUGUGAACUACCCUGUAGUCUAUUGCACAGAGGCCUUCGCCCGACUGUUCGGCUACGACAGAGCCGAGAUCAUGUUGAAGAGUGCCUGCUGUUCGUUCCUGUUCGGGGAAAUGACUGACGACAAGGCCACCACUCGGCUAAAUGCCAUCUUCGAAUCACAGACGAAAGACAGCGUAGAACUGCUGCUAUACAAGCGCAACAGGAGCCCAGUGUGGAUCCUGUAUUACAUAUCCCCCAUCUACAACGAGAGGGAGAAGGUGGUGUUGUUUGUGUGUACUGCCAAGGACAUCACCUCUGUCAAACUACUCGAGAACGAAGACAUCACUAAAGGUCUGGGUCGUUUUGCCCGACUAGCCAGAACAGUCACGCGGAAGACACCCUCUGGAUUGUCCAGUUUCACUCCAGACAGCAGUAUGAACAGUGCCGCCCCCUCGCCCUCCUUCGGAACGACGACAGGGGGUAACCAGAACGACCUCAGCCACAGUCUGAACAACAACCACAACCACUCCAACUACAGUAGUAGCCAACUAAGCAACAGUGCCAGCUUCAACAAACCCUCCAAUCAGAAAUGGAAGAGAAUGGCCACUUUCUCCAGUCGCAGUCGGUCCAUAAGUCAGGAAAAGGACAAACGAUUUUACUAUCAGGAGAUGAAAACGUUCACUUCGCAGCUGGAGGAGAUAGAGUACCCGAGGUACAUGUUGGAAGCACCCAAGACACCGCCUUAUACCAUUCUUCACACAUCCACAUUCAAACAGACGUGGGACUGGGUUCUGUUCAUGCUGACAGUGUACACUGCAAUCAUGGUGCCAUUUGAGAUAGUGUACGAGGUGGCCCAGGAGGAUGUGUUCGUCGGCAUCAUAGACUUGUGUGUGGACACUGCAUUCAUCAUAGACAUAGUGAUUUCGUUCCGGACCACGUAUGUGCACAUAGGGGGUGAGGUGGUGAGUGACUCGAAGAGGAUCAGGAACAAUUACAUCAAGGGUUGGUUCGCCCUAGACCUCAUCUCCUCAGUGCCCCUGGAGAUGAUAGACAUGAUAAUAGAGCAGAUCGACACCAACGAGAAGGCGAUCUUCACUCAGCUGCGCCUGAUCAAAUUAGUGCGUCUUCUCAGACUAGUGCGAGUGAUCAGACGACUGGACCACUACAUGGAGUACGCGGGCGGACAACUCCUCAUGUUCCUCUCCAUCUUCCUCCUCUUCGCCCACUGGUUCGCCCUAGUCUGGUACUCCAUCGGCAUAUCCGAGCAGCAUCUGGAGUACAACUGGAUCAACGAGAUGAGGGAUCUAACCAUGCCCGGGGGUAACCAGAGUAGGUGGGAUGGGUCAGCCUCGCUCAACUCCUCGAUAGUGUUCACAUCCUACGUCUCCUCCCUCUACUUCACCAUGAGCAGCAUGACCUCCAUCGGGUUCGGAAACAUAGCCGGCAACACCAACUCGGAGAAGAUAUUCUGCAUCAUACUCAUGUUCGUCGGGUCUCUCCUGUACGCUACCAUAUUUGGUAAUGUCACCACCAUGUUCCAGCAGAUGAGCUCACAGUCCACAAGGUACCACGAGAUGUUGAAUGACAUUCGCGAGUUCAUGAAGUUGUACCAGGUGCCCAAGGAUCUGGCAGAGAGAGUCAUGGACUAUGUAGUGUCCACCUGGGCCAUGACCAAAGGAGUCAACACCGACAAAGUGAUGAAUUACACACCCAAAGACAUGCGAGCAGACCUGAGUAUCCACCUGAACAGACACAUUCUGCGGGAGCACCCCGCCUUCCGCCUGGCCUCGGAGGGGUGUCUGCGGGCACUGGCCAUCAACUUCGAGAUGCACCACAGUGCCCCGGGCGACCUCCUGUUCCACACUGGGGAGAGCAUAGAGGAACUGUGCUUCAUUGCCAGUGGGUCACUAGAAGUCAUACAAGACGAUGAGGUCGUGGCCAUACUGGGCAAAGGGGAUGUGAUUGGGGACAAGUUCUGGCUGGAGUCGAAUGUGGGCCAGAGUGCUGUGAAUGUGCGGGCUCUCACCUACACUGAUCUGCACAUCAUAUCCAGGGAGGCACUGGUCGAGAUCCUCCGCUUCUAUGAGUCAUUCGCUACCUCUUUCUCCCGCAACCUAGUGCUCGCAUUCAACCUCAGACACAGGGUUCGCUUCAAGACUAUUGCAGAUCUUCGCAAGGAGCAGGAGAUGGCGGCUAGGAAGGAGACGGCGGUGGAUCUACCCGCGGACCACCCCGUGAGGAAGUUGUUCUCCCGAUUCAGGGGCAAGGUGCCCAAUGAGGACUCCAUCAACAUCUUGCCCUCGGCCACUCCCUCCCCCACCCCAACCUCUGCCUCAGAUGUAGGGGGUCAUGGACAUACAUCGUCUGAGAGACAUAUUCCAAAGCAGAAUGGUGCGCUUCCUUCCGUUAACCACAAAAUAAGCGAUUCCAGACGACCCUCGCUGGCAUCAGCUCUCAAGAAGAGGGACAACAAGAGCCACUCCAUAGGCCACAGUUCACACCUCCUCACAGCCAGCAACAACAGCAGCAUUUUCAAGGUCAUUCCUUCGCAGAGGAAAAUCAGCGGCAGCAAACUCCACGCCGAGGAAAACUCCUCCCCUGUAAACCACUUGUCAAAAAAUAAGAAGAAAAGUAUGUGGGAUAAAAUUGCGAACAAACGUGAAAGCUCUUUGGACACUGAUGACGAAAAAAGUGCAACCUUAACCAAAUCUGGAAACGCAGGAAAAGUAGCCUCAAGUUCGGGACAAAAAACAGUGCGAAUAGGCGGCGAAGAAGAAAUUUCAGCUGAAAUUAUCACUUACAACCCACGUAAUUUACAAGAAAAGUUGAAAUCGUUCGGCGAAUGUGAUCCUUUGGUUAAAAGCUUACUAGACAUUAGAUCAGAUAUGAUUAUGGAGGCAUUGUCGAUGCAAACUAAGCUAAAGAAGCUAGAUGACCAAAUUAUGCAAGUUGCCGACAAUAUCAGGAGCGCCAAACGACAACUGCGCGUCAAUUUGAAUCUCGGCCAAAGUCAAAAACCGAACGAAACAAUAACGGCACAAGCAACGGUCGAAAGCGCGCCCGACGGUGAUGAAGUCUUAUUGUCCCGUGAUUCCAUUGUUCCAAAUGAAGUUCUGAACCAAUCAAAGUCGAGUAAUCUGUCACAAGAUUCGUCAUCAUCCGAACGCAAGUCAGCCAAAAAAGUUCUUGUCAAGCAAAAAGUCGAAACCGAAAGUCCAAAAGUUCCGAGAGCUUCCGACCAGAAUGACCAGGUUGAAAAUGGGGACGAAACAUGGCAUGGCACGGGAUCGAACCGCCCUCCAGAGCCUAUGAAGCCAGUUCAGCUCUCGAUUCCACAAGAUACGCUUUCAGGCUCGAGCCAACAUGAAACCGAAGACCAAUUUGAGGAUCGAAAGUUCGGCGACGUCAUUUUCACGCCUAGUGAAUUGCGACCAGCAACUGAGUCGGGUGAAAACCCGAGCAGAGUCAACGAACCUAGAACCGACUCGCCUUCCAAUCUUUUUUCAAUUGAAGAGACUUCUUUCAGUUUUAUAGACGUCGAGGAAAAGCCAGUCACAUUAUCCAAAAUUCCGGAGUUUUAAGCUAUAAGCGACAGAUUUGCUAACAUUUUCACUUUGUAAAUGAUCAUAGUAACAUAAAUCAAUCAUUUUUAUUGGAAGUUUAUUUUGUCUAUAAAUCAGCAAUAAAACAAUUCAUAAUUUUUUAUCGCGUUAUUUCCAAUGCUAGUAAAAUAGAUAGAUCAAAAAUCUUUGAAAAGAAA